CACUCGCUUUAACGGUAGACUUGCUACAACUACAGAGUCUGAGUUAAAAAGAAGACGGAGAGAAAUGUAAAGCCGUCAUUUAGAGUAUAUUAGAGACAAAUUAACAUUGUUUUCUUUAUAACGACAAACACGAGAAGACUUCAUUCUGAGUUACUUGGUUUAAGUAGUCUAGCUAGCCUUCCUGUUAGCCUAGCUCUUUAACUAACGUUCCCUGUUUGCCUGAGGCCUCUGCUCUUCCAUGGCGACCCGCAUUGACCGACUCGCUCGGCCUAAACCCAACCUGCUCAAGUUCCCUGACAGACGCUCUGUGUACUGGUUGGAUGAGCUUCCAGCACAAUCAUCAAACAGCUCCUCCACUGCAUUUGAUCUGACUCCACGCUGGUCAAAACUAGCAGAGAGUAAAAAGCUUAGCGCUCACUUUGAGGACAACAGGCGAUCUCCUGAGUGGAAGGUGAGUGGAGCAGCACUGAAGGCUCGCCCUUCUGACAGAGUGUGUGCGCUUGCUUUACCCCGCAUGCCUGCUGCUGGCUGGCAGCCUGAUCGCCCCCUGCUGCCCACAUUAAGUGUGGCAGUGAGAACAGCUAAGGCGAACGCCCGGAUCUGCCAGUUGGCUCGCCCACGGAAGAUAUGUACAGCAAUGACUCAGUUAUGCAGCAGCUCUGAAAUCUCUCUGUCAGUUCCAUCUUUAGCCAAACUGUCCCCUCGCACGCACCUCCUGGCCACCCCUAAACAGGACCAUCCACAGUACUACCCGGACAGGCCUGUAUCAUGGCCUGUGGCAAAAUCCGCUCUGGAGGCUGUAGCCAGUGAGAGGCUGCAGGUGCUGGCCACGCCCCGGCUCCGGAAGCCUCUUUUUGAGGGAUUUGACCCCUACAGAGUGAGUUCGGCUGCCCGUGCUGCUACUGCGUCUCCCAGGCUGCAGGAGCUGGCCCUGCCCCCAGCACGCAGGUGCAGGAGGAGAUGAAGCAGGGUUGACAUAGGGCCUGAUAUUCAGUAUUAAAAAAUGCAACCCUCCCUUACUUCCCCUAGACACUUCUACCUAGAAAAGUCCAUGCUCAUGCUAGCAUGUUUCAGCCUUUAAAUAAUUUAAUCUUAUUCAAAUUCCAGAUUAAAAUA